GCUGGUAUCUGAUGCUCUCCAACCAGUUACUACACCCCACGAUUCUGCUCUCUCGAAGCUAACUAUCUGUAGAGGAGUUUCAUUUUUAUCAAUGCAUAUCCCAAAGGCUCUAUGAUUCCCAGGUCAAGUUAAAUACACGAUCUUGCUAUGACUUCCUGGUGACUGUUUUUAUUUGAUUAUAUUUGGUAUUACAAGCAUUAACUAUGUAUAAAAGACCAGAUGCUCAAACUAAUAGCAAGCAAAUUGUCUAGUAAUUUUCAAAAGGAAUCACAUUGGCCCCAAUUUUUUAAAAAAUUGUAGAAAACUGUCGCCAUUGUCAGGACUUCUCGGGUCACAACUGCAAGCAUAAGCAGGUUGAAGUGAUUUAUAUUCAAAUGCACGGUGAGAAGCUGUCUUUAGUACCCUCUUUUCGGCAUGCUGAUCUGUUGGUUAUGCCUAUAAAGGUGCAGUUAUGCAACGCCGAAUUUCCUCUAUUAAAAGAAUAGGCUCGAACAAUAGUUCACCUUUCCACAAAUGAACAGCUGCCCCCUUUUGGUAAACCCUCCAUAGAUUGAGAUUUGGGUUGAUGUUAGUUAUAACAUGGAAAUUUCUGAUUUUGACUAUUAUCAUUUACUAAGUAUGGUAUAUGUUGGUUUUUUGUUAUAUUUAAGAUAUUGGCUAGUUUUAUGACAAAAAAUAAGUUCAAUUAACUCGUAUUAUAUACGCUGCCCGGUAUGAAACAACUCUAUGCUCUAAUCACCUCCGCAUGAAAACAUUCAAAAGUCAUAUGAACCUUUUUCUGACACCAGUGGUCCUGUCGUAAACCGGGUCAAAAUCUUUUUUUUAGUUGCUUUCAAAAUUCCUUUAAGGGUGAAAGAUGAAAUAUUGAAGCUUAAAGAAAAGAUGAAUUUAUCAUUUUUACUUCAUAUGCCAAUGACCUCGAUGUACGACACCCUGGAACAACAUUGAUUUAAGUGACAAGAUUAUGAUUUAUUCUAUUUUUAUUCAACUUAUGUUUCAAUUAUUACUGAUUUAUAAAUUGUCUUUAUGAUUAGAUUAACUGAAGGAUGAUAUCGUGUAGACUUACUGCAUGAGCCUCUGCUCUGGUUGCUUCCGUAAAGUGAGGCAGUUGUGAAACAGAGGCUCAUGGAGUGAGUCUAGGUAGCAUGUAUAAAUGUCUAUUUUUAUGUAUUAUGUGCUACCACGACCGCAACCUGCCCUAAAGCGACUGAAGAGAACACCAUGAACGCUAUAAUCAAUACUCUACCUGGUAUGAUCUGGUAUGAUUGUAUUGAUUUAAGCAAGUGGUCAUCCAUUACUUUGUAUGGAUGCAGGUGUGCAUCUGAUGGGAGUUGUAGGUGGUAUGACACUCCCUGUUUUACAUGAGUUGUUCGGAAUUAUCUUCAGUUGGUCGACUAAACUGCUGAUUGGUCGGUAAAUCGCUAGAUGGUAGAUGAAAUUGGGACGAAUUUGUCUUCAUCCAUGUCAUUGUGGGCAGAGCUACAAACCAUAAAUAUCCCAAUAAAUGUUGUGUAAUUUUCCCCCAUUUGAGGUGUCUUUUAGAUUAAUUGCGUUUAUAGUGCAUGCGUCGUUAUGUUUUUGCUCAUACCUCGAAAUUUCUCUGGAGUAGAGUAAGAUGAACAUCUAUUGUAAUGGUAGUUUUUGCUUGAAGUAGAUGUUAAUUCUGACAGGGUAUUUAUUUUUUACUUAUUUGCUGGAGUGAGCAAAGAAAAAGUAAAAAAUCAUUUUUGUAUACAUUGUGAAAAUAAAGCAGCUAUUUCCCGAAUCUCUGGUCAAAAUAUUUUGUGGGAAUGAGCACUUUUUCGAAAGGCAUUGAUUUCAUUGAUGCUUUUUUAGUCUUUUCUGAACACUGAUCUAUUGAAAAAAUUGGAUCGAGCUUCUUAUUACCUCGAUAGGAACGCUAAAAACCCCAAACAGAAGCGGGAAGCCAUGCCUCAAAACCAAUCCUUGAAUGAUAUGAAUAGGGGAGAGCCCCAAUGCUGUGUAUGUGAUUGCCGAAAAAGGCCAAAGCAGCUGAAAACGUUGUAAGAUAAAGAUAGUUAGGAAUGAUCGUAAAGGCCCUCUUUUCGGCUGGGCCGUUUGUAGGCCCUCUUCUCGGAUGCAGUAGCGUAACAAAGUUUAGGACACGUCACUUCGAAAACAAAGAGCUCUCUACCAAGGAUCCAAAUUAGCUGCUCUUCUUGUUGAUUCUCUUUGUAGGUCUUGAGCAGUUGAUCUUCAUUAGUAUCCCUUACGCUAGAAAGCAUGAGCUUCUUCACGUAGGUAUGGUACCAGUUAUCUCAUUGACUGGUGGCUUUGUCCAUCACAAUGCUUGUCCAUGCAAUGAAGGAGAAACCCGUCGAACACCGCACCAGAAUUUUGAAUCAGUUGAUAUUUAGGCCCUUCGCAUUCAUAGCGGUUUUGUAAAUAAAGAAAUUAGAAUGGAUUUUUACAUCAAACUUACAUAUAUUUUUAUUCUUUUUAUGAUAACACACGCGAGCAAAUAUUCUUCAGAUAAAUGCACGAAAGACGAGAACGGCAACGAACACUGCUUUCAGGAUGACGAGGAUGAGCCUUGCUUUUACGAAGAACAAGAGGAAACAUUAUUCCAAUGGGAUCCUGUUGAGAGAGGCUACGAAAGACAACUUGAAUUAGAGGAGGGAAAAAUUCAUACACUGAGAACGGUCGCAGUGAAGCCAAAACUCUUUGAAAUUCUAAACUUUCUCACCGACGAGGAAUGUGAUCACAUUAUCGAAAUCGCCACAACACAAGGCCUUCACGCGAGUGGACUGUUUUUCGAUAAACACGCUCUUGCCAGUAAAAACUACACUCAUGGCCAUUCAAGGUUUGUGGUUGGAGAUUUUGAUCGCUGGGAUAUCGAUGAAGAUGGUGAAAUAACGAUUGAAGAUGUUAAACAGUUUGCAAUCAACACAAGAUUCUUAUACCUAAAAGAUGAAGACGUCAUUGAAAUGUUUAAAGAGAUGAAAUUGGACAGUUUCAACGAUGGAAAAAUAACCCAAGAAGAGUUCCAAACGCUUAACACAGAGGCUAUAGAUGACUACAUGAAAGCCCUUAGAGAAACACACCCCAGGUUUCGUGACAGGUACAGCGAACAAACAUGGUUAAAGCAAGACAGAUCUGCUGACCCAUUGCUGCGAAAGCUUAGAGAAAGAGUAAAAAAGCUGACAAAACUGCCAACCAGAAUUGUUGAAGGUGGCGAACCAAUGCAGGUAUUGCAUUAUGACGUUCAUGGACACUACCAUGCACACUUCGACGGCCAAUCAAAGGCGAUGCUUGCAAAUCUUGAUUGCUGCCAAUUCAAACCACAAGCGUCUUCAACUGAAUGUCGACUGUGCAGGUAUAUUACGAUAUUGUAUUACUUGAAUGACGUAGAAGAAGGUGGUGAAACUGCAUUUCCAGUCGCAGACGACGAUGCCUAUAAACAUACGGAAUUUGUUCAACGAAGAGAGGGAGAUUAUUACAACCUUAGCGAGUUCUGCUAUAAUUCAACAACUGUUGUGGCACCAAAGAAAGGUAAGGCUGUUUUAUGGUACAAUCACAAUCUUGAUGAACAUGGCUGGCUUGGAGAGCGAGACGACUUCUCGCUCCAUGGAGGGUGCAACAUCAGAAAAGGCCACAAAUGGGUUGCCAAUAACUGGAUACCAGCGCCAGAAUACCAAACAAGGCAUCUAAAUAGCAUGUAUGCGGACCUGAGUAGUCUUGAAAGUCUUUUUUAAGUGUGCUGCCUAUUGAAUACUAAUACUCAGUACUCAGUCUCAGAAUCAAAGCCACUAGCACAUUGGACAAUUCAAGUUGUUUGAAAGAAAUGACUUUUAAAGACAGCAUAUGAAAGGUCUUAACAUUAAACGAAUCUCGAAAUAUCAAAAAGAUGAAACGAUCUAGUAUUUAGCUACAAAAUUAAUCCUUAAUCAAGGUAUUUAGCAUAAAUGUAUUUAGCUACAAAAUUAAUCCUUAAUUAAAAUUGUAUCCUUGAAUUAAUCCAAAUGUAAUGAUUAAUAAAAAAUAUCUUAUAAUUAAUGAUUAAUUGAUAUCUUAAAAUUAAAUUCCAUAUUAAAAUUGUGUUUUUGGUAGCCUUAAACGAUCUUGCAUCUGGUCCGGUUACUCUGCUGUUUGCAAAAGAUAAUUUACUCUGAAUAUUUAAACGUAAGGUAACUGCAUUCAAUAUGUUCAGGAAAAAUUAGUUUAUCGAGAUUGGGGACACAAAUGCACCAUAAAUUUCUUUUAACCUAGCGUUGUACCAAUUUUCAUACAAGGCCAAUCUGACGAUCAGUCAAAAUAUAGGUCAAUCUCUGUCUUGCCAGUCUUUCUUGAUUUCUCAAAUACUCAUCUAUGGCCAAUCAUAUAACUACGUUGACAGAAUUGAAUAUUCAUUUCAAAGCCAAUCAGGAUUCCGCCAAACUGUCAUUUUAUAAACAAAACUUUUAUGUGCAGCAGGCUGGGGGCUGGAGUAUAUUUCGCAUUACACGUUUUUUCUAUAAGAACACUUGGCUCCAGUUUCAGCCUGGCUUUUCUUAUUUUUCAGCAUAAAUUCAGCCUAAUGGGUGUCUUAUUUUUUAAUGGAAUAUAAUAUGCAUUGCAGUGUCCGGACAUAACAUGUGCUUCAUAAAAUAGUUAAUUCUUAGGUCAUUGAUCUAAACCAGAACCCUGGAGAAGACUAAUUGCUACUCAGUUCUCAAUUGUCACUCUUUUGAGAGCACAUUGAUGACUUCCAAUUCUUGCCUGUCACCCUGUUAGAGUUUCACUAUAGAAGACAGUAAUUUUUGCUCGUGCUUUUUCCUUGAGUCUUGUUGAAUUUUAGCCUGUUCUGUAUCUUAUCUUGUUCUUAUAA